UAGAUCUCACAGACUGUGACAGACCAUAGCCCAGUGAGACAUUUACACACCACUAUUUGGUCUACAAUGAAUUGUAUGUUAACACAUACGCUAGCUAAUAGACUAUUUAUAUGACAAAGGACACAUGAUCUUUGAAGCAAAGCGAUUGAGAGUAAAAUGAUGUAAGGGAAUGUUUCUGUCAAGCAACCGAACACCGGCAGUCUGAAUAACUCCUCUCCCCUUGCCUCCACUGUCCUAAAAAUUGUCACUCCAGAUCAGCGUUCGAGACGCGACGAGAGCAGCAAGUUCGCCCGCGCUGCUCCAUUCUGCUCCGUUCGUUUCCCUCUGUCUGCCGGUGGCGCUGAACCGCUGCAGCACGCAGCCCGGACGUUGGGGGCUGGCAUACUGCGCGCGAGAGAGAGAACAGAAUGAGAGAAAAGGACCAGACCAGUCGAGCUUGUUGCAAAUCUGUUUCUCUUCGAAGCGGACGUGUUCGGGACAGAGAGAAGAGAGGACGAGAGUGAGCAAGAUGAGGAAGGGAAGACUGAGUUUCAACUCAUGAAAGAAAGGGGAACAAAUGGGGGGGAAAUACCUGUUAUAUCAAGGAAAGAAUUUACUUUAAUAUUACACCCAAGCCACAUCUGGAAAUAGUCGUUCCUCGGACGUUCUCUGGAAGAAGCAGCUCGAGACUCCAGGUCAGGAGGUGUAGUGGAGAUGCAGCCCAAGAAGUAGGGAGAUUCUGGGGAUGAGAAGUCCCUGUUCUCUCCCUGUCUUCCCCAGAGAACCAGGAGAACACUGGGACUCUCAAACAGGUAAAGAGUGUGUGUUCAGUGUAUGUCCAGCCUUGUCCAGGUACCAUGGCUCUGGUUCAGACCCUGCCUGUGUCCACAACUGACCACCCCAAGCCUCCUACCAGCCUCGACAUCAUCUCCCUCUCCCCCGUGGUUGGAGGGCCCUGUGGCCCCGGAGCCACCAUGGGCUCCGUCAGCAGCCUCAUCUCUGGCCGGACCUAUCAGGAGCAGCGACACUGCCGGGCCGCCAGCGAGUUCAGCACUAAGACACGCCAUAACACCCCAACCACCAGCUGUUUCAGGCUCCAGGGUGAUAGCAACACCCUGCACAGCGCGAGCUCCUUGGAACAACUACUGGUCAUCAACAACCAGACCCAGAUCCAGAUCACACAGCUCCAGCCCCCGCCACUGCCCACCAAGAAGCAGCCCCGGGCAGGUAACUCUGCUGGUGGGGCAGGGUGUGCGGCUGGAGGUGGUGGUGGUGCGGGGAAUGGAAACUAUGGGUUUGUGACUGAGGUGGUGACUGUAGGAGACUGGAAUGAUAACCAUGUGGUGGCGGUCGGGAGUCCGUGUAGCGACUCGGAGGAGCAGAGGGAUAACCGAGGUCUCAACGGGAAUAUUGGCGGUCCGCCGCCCAAACUCAUCCCUGUGUCGGGAAAACUGGAGAAGAACAUGGAGAAGUUUCUGAUCCGUCCCACUGCGUUCAAACCAGUGGUCCCCAAGAACCGUCACUCGGUGCAGUACCUCUCCCCGAGGCCAGGGGGCAGCCUAUCUGAGAGCCAGGGCAGCCUCAACCUCCUCCUGCCCCUACCUAUCAACGGGAAUAACGGAAAUACUGUGGUCAACAGCCCGGGGAGCUACGGAAAUGUAGUAUCUCUGCUCUGCUCCUCCUCUUCCUCGGACAGCAAAAGGAACUCGUACAGCGGAGGACGCAAUGCUCGCAGCAGCCAGUCCUGCUCCAUGUCAGACUCUGGCCGUAACUCCCUGUCCAGCCUCCCCACUCACAGCAGUACCGGCUACAGCUUGGCCCACAGCGAGGCCUCUGGGUCUGGAGGGUCCGGGGUGGGCCUGGAGCCUGGGGCUGGAAGAACUACUACUACCAACGUAGGAGGGUCGGUGACCCACGGAGUUCACAGUCACUCAACCUCCCACGGUCACUCUAACUCGGACAGCGGGCGUUCGUCAUCCAGUAAGAGCACGGGGUCGGGGUCGCUGAGCGGGCGCGGCCAGCCCCUGUCAGACAGUGGGUCGUGUGGGCACUCACCCCCGCCUCUGGAGGGGUACGAGGGCGUGAUGAGGGAGCUGGAGGAUAAGCUGAGGGAGAGGGAUUUGGAACUGCAGCAGCUCAGAGAGAACCUGGACGAGAACGAAGCCGCCAUCUGUCAGGUGUACGAGGAAAAGCAGCGUCGCUGUGAGAGGGAGCUGGAAGAAAUGAGACAGAGCUGCUCUUCCAAGAUGAAACAGGCUACACAGAAGGCCCAGAGAGUACAACAGGCCUUACAACUACAGGUGUUCCAGCUGCAGCAGGAGAAAAAGACACUUCAGGAGGACUUCUCCUCUCUGCUACAGGACAGGGAGGUGCUGGAGAGGAGGUGUGCUUCCAUACAGAGAGAACAGAUCCAGUUGGGACCGCGCCUAGAGGAGACGAAGUGGGAGGUGUGUCAGAAGUCAGGUGAGAUAUCCCUGUUGAAACAGCAACUGAAGGAGAUCCAGUCAGAGCUGAGCCAGAAGGGUGGGGAGCUGGUGGUCCUGAAGUCCCAGCUGAGGGAGGCCAGGACCGACCUCCAAAACAGCCAGGCCAGGAGCCAGGAGGCUGGUUCGGCCCUGCGGACACGCUCUCUGGAGCUAGAGGUCUGCGAGAAUGAGCUCCAGCGCAGGAAGAGCGAGGCUGAGCUUCUCCGCGAAAAAGUCAUACGCUUGGAAGAAGAGUCGGCCCAGCUUCGAGGUGCCCUGGCCAAUCAGGGAGGAGGCCAGACGCCGGCUAAUAAGGGCCAGUGCAUGAGCCUGCCCCUCCCCCAGGGCCGUGUGGGUGUGGAGGGUGGAAAGGGGGGCCCCAGCCCCUCUAUGGGUUACCGUGAGGCGGAGGAGGGCAGGCUGGUAUGGGGAGGGGAGAGUGAUGAGGCCAAGACUCAGAGGCAGAGUGCUGAAGCUGUGCUUGGACUCAGGCAACAGGUGGAGAGGCUGAGGGCAGAGCUGAUGUACGAGAGGAGGAGUAGUGAGGAGCAGCUGGGAGGAUUCGAGGAGGAGAGAAGGGUCUGGCAGGAGGAGAAGGAAAAGGUGAUCCGCUACCAGAAGCAGCUGCAGCAGAACUACAUCCAAAUGUACAGGAGGAACAGAGAUCUGGAGAGGGUGAUGAGAGAGCUCAGUCUAGAGCUGGAGAACAGAGACAUAGAGGACUACGACAUCCACAGCGGUAGCAACGACAUCCACUUUGAGGAGAUGACCGCUACUGAGAUCUAGAGGCGAAAACAACAGGGGUGUCCUCUCGCCCCAUUGAGAUUUAGAGACCAGACAGAGACGUUGUCUAACCCCAGUGAUAUCAAAAUCAAAUCAAAUUGUAUUGGUCACAUACAUAUGUUUAGCAGAUGUUCAAUGCUUGUGUUUCUAGCUCCAACAGUAGCAUCUCCUGAUAUUUAGAGACAAGGGUGUCCUCUCGCCCCCAUGACUGUUAAUACCAGCACCCUGAAAUUAUCUGAUUUCCCAAUCACUGCUACUGAGAGGACUGCGUCCAAAACGGAACACUAUUUCCUAUGUAGUGCACUACCAUUGGCUAGAGAACAGGGUGCCAUUUGAAAUGUGCAUCUAGGAUACCGAGGGUAUAUCUGAACUUAUUCCCCUAACCACAGUACAAGCACUCUUUACUUCCCUAUGGACCGUUUGCUGUCAUGGACAUUAAGGGAGCAUCUCUGUUUAAGGGUGGAUCCGCUCCACUAGACAUUGGGAGGCACCCUCCUCCUGGACCACACAGGAACAGCUGACUACCUGCAGUCAGAAAAGACUCCAUCACAUCUUUAUUCAGACUUAAAAGAGAGGUUAGUGUGUAUCUCAAUAGUUUAGAGUGUCUUCCUCUCCAGAGUAAGAUUCACCCUCAGACCAACACAUGCUCCUUGCCUCCUCACAUGGGUUUGAUUGCCCAGCUAUAGUACCAGCACUCUUUGGGACGUAUAUGACUUUUGACUUGAGAAACAAGCAGGUACCACUCAAACCUCGCUCAAAUCAGUGUAUUGAAAGCAAAGGGGAGAAUCGAGUCGAGUAUAAUCACAUCUGUAUGGCGCACACAGGUGUGAGUACCUGACCACCAGCACAUAAUGAUGACAUUAAUAUAACGAUGACAUCAUCACCGCUCGACUGUGUUUUUCGUUCGUCCACAGGACUUUGUGCACCUUUGCACUAAAGCAAUGAUAUAAUAACACUUUCACAAUUUGUGCUGUCAAUGUUAUGUAUACAGUGUUCAGUGGAUCAGCAACUCAUCAAGAAGUAGUACAGAAAGGACAAGAAAUAAUCCACUGGCCAGGAAAUAUGGAUUUAUAUUCGGUGGAAUUGGACCAUGUAGUAUUUUGAUGGGAUGUAUAAGGACUGUUGGCACAAAUAGCAAAUGCAACUGUUCAGUUUUCAGCACUGGCUAUGAAAGGAACUGUAGUCUACAUUCUUCCUUGUUCAUGGAGUCUUCAAACAUCCUGGAUUUCUAUCAUUGGCUGCUUGCAGCUAACAUGUCAACAUUCUCUUCUGUCAUUGGCUGAGCCAUAUCUGUCAGUUGAUAUUGACUCUCAGCUCCCCAUAUCAGACUGAGAGAUGUGGUGAGAAGGAAGAGAAAACCAAAAGAAGACAUCAAAGGCUUAAUGUGAGUGCUGUGUUGUGCUCCUCCUCUCUCUAAAGCCAAUAGUCACCCUAUUGUAUCUUCUCUACAACCUCUCUCAUGUGAAUGACACAAACAGAAGCAAGUAGCACUAUGAGGGAGUGAUGAGCAUGGGAGAUAUCAGCACAAAUGCAACCGCUUCCCUUCUCUCUCUCUCUCUCUCUCUCUCAGCACAAACAUAUCAGAGGAAGAAACACACCUUAAUUGGUCAACUCAAGCUGCCCGUCAAAGAUAUCGAUACUGCAUUGGCUGCUGGGAUUGUUAUGGAGCCGUAUUGGAUCAGUGAGCAUAUGGUGUCACUUUUCCUUAUGGUAUCACAGUGAAACCAACAAAACAUCCCUGUUCAACAGUUCUGAGCUCCCCCCUCCCUUGGCCUCUCUCACUGUCGCAAACACUGGACUGUGAAUACUCUACUAACGUUUUACUUUUUAUUACUAGACCCCCCCUUUCCCUCACUCUCAUCAAAAAGCCAAGUAACACUUCCUAGACUUCCUGUCCCUUCUGGCCAGUGACUGUGAGGCUCACUCACUGACACCUAGAUAAUGUGGAUGGCAAAAGUCUGUCAAAGUCUGGGAGAGGUAAUGUAGGGCAGGGUUCCCCAACUGGCAGUGAUUUUAUUUGGCCACCGAAGUUUUCUGAGCAAAAAAACAUAUAUAUAUAUAUAUAUAUAUAUAUAUAUAAUUCUAUAUUUUUUAAACGUUGUUGGAUAUAAACAACUAAAAACACCAGCAAAUCAGCUCCAGGUGAUUUUAAUUUUGGAAAUCUGUUCCAACGCAUAAUAGUGAAACAUACAUGUGAUCGUAUACAAAUGUAAACAAGGUUUGAAAUAAUUGUUUAAGUCAAAUAUAUCUGUUUGGGCAUUUUGCAUUCAAUUUGCGGUCUACAAAUUAUUUGUAAUUAUGUACCAGUCCGCUGACCAUCCGCUCAAGAAAAUGUCAGCUUGCGGCUAAAUCUAGUUGAUGAUCCCUGAUGUAGGGGUUUGUGCUGGACAGUGCAUGAUAUAUUAGCCUAAGGCAUGACAAACAGGUCAUUAUGGAACUGUUACAGUGGUUAUAUCAACAUUUUGGCAACCACUGCCAUAGAAAUAUCAUUAAUAGAAUGUAAUUCUAUUUCUAUGUGGGGAACCAUAGAUAAAUAUUAGAGUCUUCAGUUGUGCUUCCUCAUAAGAAGGGAUUAAACUAGAGCUCUGGUCUUUUAUAUUAGAGGUAAACAGAGUUUAUAAAAAAGGAAUCUAACAGAUAAAUGGAAAUCAAUAUGAUCAAUGAUGAUGAUGUAUAUUUUUUUUUAUGUAGCAGCUGAAGAUAUUUUGUGGUAACACCAGUACCAUGGGGUUUAAUGUACAAAGUAUAAUAAAGCGUUCUAUAUAUCUUUCCAGUACCACACAUAUACCAAUGAGAUGAUUCAAAACCAUUGGAAAGGGUCUGGGAAGAGUGGCGCGAACAUUGAAACUCCACUCUUUGUUGUUGACCAAGCUGCAUUAUGAUUUAACAAACAUACAAAAAUAUGGGAAAUAUCCAGCUUUUAGCCAAAAGGUUUACAUUGGUCAGCACAUUAAUAGUCAUCCUUGUUCAAUGCGAAUGAGUUUUCAUUUUGGCGGCCAUUAUCAUCAUCAUCAUCAUCAUCAUUAUCAUCUAUAUCACCCAAUAUCAUUGUCAUCGUUGUGUUUGUCAUCUUCAGACUUAUUAACACACAAAGCAUUUAAUCCAAAUAAUAUCUCAACUAAAAAUGUGUUCAUCUCAUAUGGUACAAACAUUCAUCUUCAAUUUAGUCGUAUAGGUCUACAAAGUUACCAUUUUACAACAUUCAAGAUGUAUCUUUAAGACAGGAAUAGAACAUAUUAUGUUCCAGUGUGGAUGUACCAUCAUCUGUAACACAGUCAGGUGGAAAAAGCAGCUCAGGUGUCAUUCUUUUAGUUGAACCUUUAUUUAACUAGGCAAGCCAACUAAGAACAAAUUCUUAUUUACAAUGACAGUCUACCACAGCCAAACCCUAACCCAGAUGACGUUGGGGCAAUGGGACUCCCACAGCUAGCUGUGAUAUAGCUCAGAAUCGAACCAGGGUCUCCAGUGACACCUCUAGCACUGACAUGCAGUGCCUUAGACCGCUGUAAUGACUAACACAGUAGCACAGGUGUAAUGGUUAACACAGUAGCACAGGUGUAAUGGUUAACACAGUAGCACAGGUGUAAUGGUUAACACAGUAGCACAGGUGUAAUGGUUAACACAGUAGCACAGGUGUAAUGGUUAACACAGUACAGUAGCACAGGUGUAAUGGUUAACACAGUACAGUAGCACAGGUGUAAUGGUUAACACAGUACAGUAGCACAGGUGUAAUGGUUAACACAGUACAGUAGCACAGGUAAAGUGAACUGAAAGGGACCCCAGUGUUAAUUUUGGCACUCUGUAACAGAUUUAGUCAUUUUGACUUAAAUAUCAUCAAGUCUGAUUCACAUUUGAAUAAUGAUUUAGUGUAGUUAUUGUCAAAAUGACAAAAAGAGGGGUCCAUUUUUGUCAACUUUCAUUUUAGUCGUUUUUAUUGCCUCAGUAACUUAUAGUAAACAUAAAUCACUGACUUCCAUGUGCACAAACAUACAUACAGUAGUAGCCAUGUUCUACUAACAUAUUUUUCUGCAUAAAAUCCUAUUCUCAUCCCAACAGCAGAAAUAUGACAAACAUAUAUAAGAAUUAUUUGGCCUCGGUCGCGUCAUUUCCAUUUAUCAACGUUCCACAGACGCCGCAGCCACAUGUCCAAAAGUAGAACGGGGCACAGACGUCAGUUCAACGUCUAGUUUUGAUUUACAUUUGGUUGAGUUGUCAACUAGCCUGAAUUCAAUGUGAGAUCAGCAUAAAAUGUCAUGUCAUUGGAUUUAGGAUAAAAGUUGGGUGUAAAAAAGACAACACUUCCUUACGUUGAUGACUUUUUUCAAAUCCAAUCAGUUUUACACUUUGAUUCAACUUCAUCACAUUAAAUUAUUUUUGUUGAAAUGACGUGGAAACAAUGUUGAUUCAAACAGUUUUUGCCCAGUGUGUAAUGAUUUAGAACAAGAGGGAACUAAUGCCUGUUUUGCCCAGUGGGUAAUGAUUUAGAACAGGAGGGAGCUAAUGACUGUUUUGCCCAGUGAUGUAGUUGAUUAAUUAAACCUCGAAACCUAAUCCCAACUAAGUCCCAACUAAGUCCCCUGUGCUCGAGUCCAAGUCAGAGUCACCAAUGGUCGAGUCACGAGUCCUGGUCCAAGUGCUCAAGUCUGAGUCACCAAUGGUCGAGUCACGAGUCCUGGUCCAAGUGCUCAAGUCUGAGUCACCAAUGGUCGAGUCACGAGUCCUGGUCCAAGUGCUCAAGUCUGAGUCACUGGCUCCACUCAAAAUAAAGCCAUUUACCCUGUCAGAGGUAGUGUAGUGUCAAGAUGAAUUUAUUCAAUAAAUUGUUUGCUAUUCCUUUUCCUUUCUAUCUAUGCUACCAAAUGUUUGCAUAGGCUACUGGUAAUGUUACCAGGGCCACGUUCAGUUGCAAAACGUUGUUGAACGUUGCAGAUAGAAAUCCCAUGAAUAGAGCCAACGUUAUUCCUUAUUCAACAUGUCAGAUAGAAAUGUGCUAUGUAGAACAAACAUGCCUAUCAGAGCUUUCCGUCCUGCUGAACACGGCCCAGGUUGUUAGCUAUAACUAGCUAAUGAGGUAACAUGACUGAACAAAGUGUAGUCUAAAUAGAUGGUUACUUGUCCGGUCCUAGUUUUAGAACAGAUAUGCUUUAUGAAUGUUAAAUGCUCCCCGCCAAUGCAUGAUAGAAAGAAAAAACGUAGCGUCGGUAUUAUGGUUCAAACCUUUAGAACGGUAAUCUCAAGACGUUUUCUUAAACCGUGUCUUUUUCCUGCAGUCUGAACAGGCAAAAACCACAAAGGAAUCUGAUAAUUCAAGUCACAUUUCAAACCACCUUCGUAGAUGGCUUGAAGUCAGAUACAAAUCUGAUUCCUGGUCAAGUGACUUGUGUCUGAACGGGAAAAUCAAAUUUAUUUGCCCUCAAGUGAUUUUGAAAGUUGGAUAAUAUUUUCCUUUGAGGCUAUAAAGUGUUCCUACACUAUGAUUUUGAACAUUCAAAGCAACUGGGAAACAUUCUACAUAACUUCUGAGUGAUGAGGAAUCAUGAACACCACCACAGAUCAGUUCUAAAAACUAUUGUUCAGUCCCACUUAGUAGUCAGACUUGAGAUCAUUUAGUCUCGUCUUGUUUUAGGCAACUGAAAUAUAUUUUUUUGUUUAGUUAUAGUUUUUUUCUGGUCUAUUUAGUCAGUUAUAGUCUAGUCAACUGCCACUGAAAAAGUAGGUGUUUUGACAAAUAUUUGAGUCCUUAUUUUUGUUGACUAAUGUAACUGUGAGGAACCCCCUCGGUGAAAGCACAGUGCACUCUGAAUACCCCUUUCCACAUUUCUCACUUUUCUUCAUAACCCCAUAAUAACAAUUUUCUGUGUAAAUACAGUCAGUAUCUAACUGAAAAUGGCAUACAGGUAACUGCCAAAAUAAAGGAAACACUUGUGUAAAUGAGGGAUACAAAGUAUAUUGAAAGUAGGUGCUUCCACACAGGUGUGGGUCUUGAGUUAAUUAAGCAUUUAUCAUCCCAUCAUGCUUAGAGUCAUGUAUAAAAAUGCUGGGCAGUCCAUUAUUUUGGCUACCAUGGCUAUGCUCCCCCCAUAGGAUUACAAGGCCCUGGUCACAGGGCACAAGUGAUCACUGAAUGGUUUGAUGAGCAUGAAAACCAGAUCUCAACCCAAUUUAACACUUAUGGUAGAUUGUGGAGCGGUGCCUGAGACAGCGUUUUCCACGACCAACAAAACAACAGUGUUUUCCCUCCAAUAGAGUUCCAGACACUUGUAGAAUCUAUGCCAAUGUGCAUUGAAGCUGUUCUGGCUCGUGGAGGCACAACGCCCUAUUAAGACUUUGUUAGUGUUUCCUUAAUUUUGGCAGUUACUUCUACAUUGAGUGACAUUCUAGUCCUUUACUCAGACCAAAAUAUAUAUUUCAAAUGUAGCCACUGUGACUAGACCAAAGCAACGUAACACGUUUGUUUGCAUUUGUCUUGUUUCUUUUCUUCCUUAGUGUGCAUAAGUAUACAAUUAUAUUUUAGUGUGUUUAGGUGUUCUGUUCCUUUAUUAAUCCAUGGUGUUUGUAGUCAUUCAUGUAUAUUUUCAUGCUGUAAAUUUAUUGUACAAAAGUAUGUUUGUUUUUAAUUAAAGAUACAAAAUGUCA